AUUCUUAAUUUCAAUCGUCUCAUCUAAACGUGUAUAAACUUUUUAAACGCUAGGUGGAAACCAGAGGGUUGCCAGGGCAACAAAUUUAUAAGCGAUAUAGAUACAAUGAAUAUUACUAAUAUUCUCUUUUCAAAGUACAUAGCGCUGACUGGAAUAUCUCAAACAUUUUUUUAAUAAGUCAACCCGUUUCUCCAGCAAAAUAAAAUAUCUCGUUUUUUCUUCCCAACGUUUAGAUUUCGCACCAUUAUCAAAGUUUAGCCCUAACUCACACUUACUGACGUUAUACCGAGCUGUGAUCAAUUGUAUCUCACGGAACUUAAUUAGAGAUUCUGGCACACAUAAAUAUCAGAUUCCUUUCUUUUCGCACCCUAAUCAACAACCAAGACUCAAGAACAAAAAUGAAUUCAUGUCAGCCUAAAAGUACUCUACUAUUUAUAAACAAACAAGACUUAAAGAUCUGAAACCAAACAUUUCAGAUGAUUGGAGAAAAAGUUUUACAUAUACCUGGAAUUACUCAAAGUGAUGAUAUUGAGAGGUUACUUACAGUUGGUGGACAAUCAAUAAAUGAACCACAAGAUUUAGAUAAUGAUAGACAACGAGUAGCUAUUGGUUGUUCUGAAAACUCUAAUAAAGCUAAUUGUCGAAUAAAUAAAGAAUCUACACACCGUCCAUCAAAAGGACAUUCAGUGUCAAAAUGUACCCCUGUCAAGGAAGUGAGAACAAAAAUAAGAAAAACUGCAAGAAUAAAAAAACCCAAAACUAACUAUCAGGAAUCAACUAAAAUUGAAUCCAUGCUGUCUGCAAAUGAGUUUGAGCCAGCUCUUAGCUCUGGUAUGGUGGCUACAAUGAAUCUUUUACAUGCUAAGGAUAUCAGCAGCACUUCAACUGGUCCUGUCAGAAAAGUAGACUUUAAUCAAGAUCUUGGACUCUUCUACAGAGCUAAACAACAGAAUUAUAAUACAGAAGAACUAACAGAAAUUAACGAAACUCCAGAUAUUACUGUGAAUUUACCAUUCGACCAAGCAGAUGCUGAAGAAGCUGGGAUCACUGGAUGUGACUGCUGCUGUUCCCUGGUUAUGUGCUUUCCAUGAGUUUCAGAUAAAGUGAUAGUCACAUGGGCUGGGCGAUGUGAAUAAAUGAUUAAUCAGAACCUUUACUAAUUAAACUUUUGAUUAAUGUUUAUAGUUUUAAUAAAUUAGGAAUUUAUUGAUACCUGUGUAUUUUUAUGUGGCAUAGCAGGCUGUUGCUAAUGCUAAUCACUAACAGUGUAUAUAUUGUACCAACUGAAAUACCUGUCAACUGAUGGGGAGUGUUUAAAGUUAAUUAAAACAAUGUAAGUUUAACAGCAAUCAUAUGUUUCAAAGUAAUAACUUGAACAUAAAGGUUCAGUGAAAAAAAGAGUAAUACUGCAACCAACAUGUUUCUCGGUACUUCACUAGCUAAAAACCCCCCCAAUGGCACAGCGGUAUGUCUGUGGACUUACAACGCUAGAAUCCGGGUUUCGAUACCCGUGGUGGGUAGAGCACAGAUAGCCCGUUGUCUAGAUUUGUGCUUAAUUACAAACAAACAAACACCUCAACAUUCAUUGUUUUCUUUAUGUCUGUGUUGACAACAUGCAUAAAGAGAGCUUUCAGAGGCAAUUUUAAACUAUAACAAUGAAAAGGUGUGAACCAUGUGCUUCAUUGUUGUAUAAACCUCUUAUUAACCCUCUAAAUAUAGGGUUGGUCAAAGUGACUGACCUUUUAACUAUCAUAUAACCACUACUGUAACUUUUAGUGUUAUAAAAGUAUCUUCAUGAAAUUUGGCAAGCUUUUUAGUAUAUAUAUAUAUUUAAAAUAAUAAUAUUUUUUUUCAUUAAGUAUUUUAUUAAAGAUUUAUUAUGGAAUUUAUAUAGUUAGAGUCUGAUUGGAUUUUUAACAGAGAUAUAAGUGCACUGAAAUUAUUUGCUUAGGUGGUUGACGCGAACCCAACAGUGAAGAACUUCAAUCUGAGAACAAAAUAAGUUAAACGUUCCCAUAAGAAAGCCUUUUUUCAAUAUACGUCAUUCAGUAAAUUAAAACUUUACUUUCUGUUGGUUGUAAGUAACGUAAUAACAAAUAUCAGAGUGUUACUGGAUAGUUGAACAUGAUCUCAAGGUAAGUCACUUUAGGUUUAAUCAGUUUCAACUGAAGGUAUAUAAAUAGGGUCAAUACAGAAAACUUCCUUGAGGAUUUUGGUUAAUAGAGCAUGUUUGAUAAAUCGAGUUAGUUGUUAAUAUGCAUUUUACUUUGGAAAUAAAACAAUCAUGAUUGCAAAAACUAUAACAAACAAAUGGCAAAUUGUUGUAAUCUAAAGUAAAAUGUUUUUUUUUUUCAUAUUAGCUGUUGGAAAAUGUAAUUAGUCAGAAAGCUUGCCUAUUGUCGCUUAUCAUGUUGCAUUGAUAACAAUAUAUGACCUAUUAUUACAAUGUAAAGUUUUCAUGAAGAACAGUUUGUUUGUUUGUUUUGAAUGUCGCGCAAACCUA